GGAGACUGUUUGAAGAGACUGAAUUAAAACGAUCAGCUUGUUGUGUCUGAGAGACGAUCAUCAUUUACCAAGUCUUUCCUUCAAAAUGAAGGUUAAAUAUGAGAAGUACUGAGAAGGCAUUAUUUGUUCCAAACACAUCUCGUGAAGAAAUGAAAAGGCAAAAUUACCGGUGUUCAGAUUAUGGGAAGAUAAUUAGUUACCAAAGUAAUCUGAAGAAAGAUCAGCAAGUUCACAUGGGAGAGAAGCCGUAUCCCUGCUCACAGUGCAGGAAGAGUUUUGCUACUUCAAAUCUUCUUCGGAGACACCAGCGUACUCACACUGGAGAGAAGCCGUAUCCAUGCUCACAGUGUGGAAAGUGUUUUACCACUCCUAGUAACCUCCGAACACACGAGCGUACUCACACUGGAGAGAAGCCCUAUCCAUGCUCACAGUGUGGGAAGAGUUUUACCUCUGCUGGUAAUCUCAAAACACACCAGCGCAUUCACACUGGACAGAAGCCAUAUCCAUGCUCACAGUGCGGGAAGAGUUUUACCUCUGCUGGUAAUCUGAAAAUACACCAGCGCAUUCACACUGGAGAGAAGCCGUAUCCAUGUUUACAGUGCGGGAAGAGCUUUGCUUCUUCUAAUCGUCUCCAAGUACACCAGCGUAUUCACACAGGAGAAAAGCCAUAUCCUUGCUCACAGUGCGCGAUGAGUUUUACCUCUGCUGGUAGUCUCCAAAUACACCAGCGCACUCACACUGGAGAGAAGCCGUAUCCAUGUUUACAGUGCGGGAUGAGUUUUGCUUCUUCUAAUCGUCUCCAUAUACACCAGCGCAUUCACACAGGAGAGAAGCCGUAUUCAUGUUCACAGUGCGGGAAGAGUUUUACCACUACUGGUAGUCUCCAAAUACACCAGCGCACUCACACUGGAGAGAAGCCCUAUUUCUGUUCACAGUGUGGAAAGAGCUUUGCCACUGCUAGUUACUUCCAAACACACCAGCGCAUUCACACUGGAGAGAAGCCGUAUAUCUGCUCACAGUGUGGGAAAAAUUUUGCUUCUUCUGAUCGUCUUCGAAGACACAAGCGAGUUCACACAGGAGAGAAACCGUAUCACUGCUCACAGUGUGGGAAGAGUUUUGCUCGUUCUAGUGAUCUUCAGAGACACCAGCGCACUCACACUGGAGAGAAGCCAUAUCCCUGCUUACUGUGUGGGAAGUGUUUUACCACUUCUAGUGUCCUACAAAUACACCAGCGCAUUCACACAGGAGAGAAGCCAUAUUCAUGUUUACAAUGCGGAAAGAGUUUUUCUUGUUCUGGUUAUCUUUGCAAACACCAAAACGUUCACACAGGAGAGAAGCCCCAUCACUGCUCACAAUGUGGUAAGAGCUUUAAAACUGCUAGUGAUAAACGAACACACCAGCGCAUUCACACGGGAGAGAAGCCGUAUCCAUGUUUAGAGUGCGGGAAGAGUUUUGCUUGUUCUAGUAAUCUUUUGAGACACCAGCGCAUUCACACUGGAGAGAAGCCCUAUUUCUGUUCACAGUGUGGGAAGAGCUUUACCACUGCUGAUCAACUCCAAAUACACCAACACAUUCACACAGGAGAGAAGCCAUAUUUAUGCUUACAGUGUGGGAAAAGUUUUACCACUGCUGGUAACCUACGAACACACCAGCGCAUUCACACGGGAGAGAAGCCGUAUCUAUGUUUACAGUGUGGAAAGAGUUUUGCUGCUUCUACUCAUCUUCGGAUGCACCAGCGCAGUCACACAGCUGAGAAGCCAUAUCACUGCUCACAGUGUGGGAAGAGCUUUACCACUGCUGGUGAAGUACGAACACACGAGCGUAUUCACACAGGAGAGAAGCCAUAUUCCUGCUCACAGUGUGGGAAGAGUUUUACCAAUGCUAGUAAUGUACGAAAACACCAGCGCAUUCACACGGGAGAGAAGCCGUAUCCAUGUUUACAGUGUGGAAAGAGUUUUGCUGCUUCUUAUCAUCUUCGGAUACACCAGCGCAUUCACACAGGAGAGAAGCCAUAUCACUGCUCACAGUGUGAGAAGAGCUUUACCACUGCUGGUGAAGUACGAAAACACCAGCGUGUUCACACAGGAGAGAAGCCAUAUUCCUGCUCACAGUGUGGGAAGAGUUUUACCACUGCUAGUACCGUACGAACACACCAGCGCAUUCACAUGGGAGUGAAGCCGUAUCCAUGUUUACAGUGUGGAAAGAGUUUUGCUGCUUCUAAUCAUCUUCGGACACACCAGCGCAUUCACACAGGAGAGAAGCCAUAUCACUGCUCACAGUGUGAGAAGAGCUUUACCACUGCUGGUGGAGUACGAACACACCAGCGCAUUCACACUGGAGAAAAGCCCUAUUUCUGUUCACAGUGUGGGAAGAGCUUUACCACUGCUGAUCAACUCCGAAUACACCAGCACAUUCACACAGGAGAGAAGCCGUAUCCAUGUUUACAAUGUGGAAAGAGCUUUGCUUCUUCUUUUCGUCUUCGAAGACAUGAGCGCAUUCACAUGGGAGAGAAGCCGUAUCCCUGCUCACAGUGCAGGAAGAGUUUUGCUACUUCAAAUCUUCUUCGGAGACACCAGCGUACUCACACUGGAGAGAAGCCGUAUCCAUGCUCACAGUGUGGAAAGUGUUUUACCAUUCCUAGUAACCUCCGAACACACGAGCGUACUCACACUGGAGAGAAGCCCUAUCCAUGCUCACAGUGUGGGAAGAGUUUUACCUCUGCUGGUAAUCUCAAAACACACCAGCGCAUUCACACUGGACAGAAGCCAUAUCCAUGCUCACAGUGCAGGAAGAGUUUUACCUCUGCUGGUAAUCUGAAAAUACACCUGCGCAUUCACACUGGAGAGAAGCCGUAUCCAUGUUUACAGUGCGGGAAGAGCUUUGCUUCUUCUAAUCGUCUCCAAGUACACCAGCGUAUUCACACAGGAGAAAAGCCAUAUCCUUGCUCACAGUGCGCGAUGAGUUUUACCUCUGCUGGUAGUCUCCAAAUACACCAGCGCACUCACACUGGAGAGAAGCCGUAUCCAUGUUUACAGUGCGGGAUGAGUUUUGCUUCUUCUAAUCGUCUCCAUAUACACCAGCGCAUUCACACAGGAGAGAAGCCGUAUUCAUGUUCACAGUGCGGGAAGAGUUUUACCACUACUGGUAGUCUCCAAAUACACCAGCGCACUCACACUGGAGAGAAGCCCUAUUUCUGUUCACAGUGUGGAAAGAGCUUUGCCACUGCUAGUUACUUCCAAACACACCAGCGCAUUCACACUGGAGAAAAGCCGUAUAUCUGCUCACAGUGUGGGAAAAGUUUUGCUUCUUCUGAUCGUCUUCGAAGACACAAGCGCAUUCACACACGAGAGAAGCUGUAACUCCAUUACAACACGGUAAUGUAUAGAUGUCAUGUCUAAAUACACUGCCUAGACAAAAUAGAUUAUAAAAUCGACAUCAGAAGGGUACAUUUAUUGAACUAUGUUAAGUAAGGAAUAAUCAAAGAGGUCAACUGGGUUAAGUAACCUUUAAAUUAUCUUGGAAGAAGAGUACUGAACCGUCAUCUUUGUGGAAGAAUUGUGUUCAGAAGGAUAAAACUUGACUUGAACUUCACUUGAACACUGGGAGAACUUGCAUGGCAAAAUAUCAAAAGUUUAAACUGUAAGUAUGUUUUUAAUAGUGAACGUAAGACCAUUUCUAUACACACAUGUGAUGAGAGCUUUUUUGUUUGUGAGACUCCUCAGAAUAAGAGCUUGACUUUGGUAGGGAGCAUAAAGUAUGAAUUUUGUGGCAAUGAAAAAAGGUCAUGUGGUCCAUAUUGAGCCUUUCCCAAAGCAAUGGGCGCAUCAGGGUAAGAAUGGAAGUGCAUGAAGCAAUUCACCCAUCAUUUAUAGUGGCCACUGUACAGUACAAGCCUCUGGUGGCAGUGGUGAAUCUGUGUUUAUUUCAGUUGCUUAGGUCUAGACUCAACAACAUUGUGUGUGAAUAAAAUGAAGUCAG